UAAAGGUCAUUGCAGUGAAUUAUAAAAGCUGCCUUUGGUACCAUCUUUUCUCAGUCAUUCUCUGUUAACCCUAUCUUAGGAAAAGAUCUGAACUUUGCUCUUGUUCAAGCCUAAGAAGAAGAAGAAGAUGGAGGAUAGUGAGUUGAUUGUUGAGGAACCCUCCUGCUGGUCUAAAUUCCAUCACAUGUUCGAGGUUGGGAAGAAUGAUCUGCUCAGACUUGAAAGUGAGCCAAAGUUGAAGAUCAUACGACAAAUCAUCAAGAACCCAAAGUUUGAUGAUGUUGAUUUAUACCACCUCACUAAGUUUGAGUUACAGAACUCAACAAAAGUAUGUGGCAUCUCUGUAUUUGUUGACUCGAAUAAGAGUCCAAAGCCUGAAUGGGUUGGUUCAAAACAGCCACGUAGUGAUAGAGAUUAUGGCGAUGAAGAAAAUGCCAGGACAAAGAGGAGGAUGAAUAACAUGGCGAGUGGAGCUCCACCUGAUCAGCAGCCACCAAAACUGCCUGCAAAAUUGAAGGAACUUUACAAACAUCGUAAGAUUUCUAAGGCGGUUUUAGUGAUUCAAAAGACCCUUUACAGCACAGACGUUAGCCCUGGUCAUUGUCGUCUGUCUAUGCCGCUCAGCCAAAUCAGCAACAAGGAAUUUAUCAGCAGAGAGGAGAAGGAUUUGCUUAACUCAAGGACUGGGAAGCAGGUACCACAUAUAGAAGCUAAGCUAAUUGAACCAGCAGACGAUGAGUGUAGAGUAUAUGACGUAAACCUCAAGAAGUGGGACAUGAUAACAGACUCGGGCAAAGUCUAUUCAAUAUACAAUCUAGUGAGAGGGUGGAAUGACUUUGUGAAGAUGAACGGACUGUGCAAAGGUGUGACAGUGCAGUUGUGGGCAUUUCGAGUGGACUCAGAACUAUGGUUCUCUCUUUUGAGAGUUUAAAGUGGUUGAUCAAGUGAACUUGCUUCUUCUAUAAUGGGUUAUGUCGUAGGCAUUAGCUAUAUAUUUUCUUUUAAUGCUCCUCUCAACAAGUCUGAUAGUUAUGUAGUGAACCAUGAUAUAUGCCAUGACUAAAUAAUUAUAUGAAUAAUAAUAUGAUAUCUUGGAAUUUAGAUUUUAGAUUUGUAAAGAAAAAUAAUGAGAAAUUCUAUACUUCCCUAAACCAUAGUCCUUAAAUUCACCCUUAAUUGACAUGUAGUCCAAAGAUUUUAGAUUUGAGGUGAGAAAAGGAAAGGGAAAAAUAAAAAUAAAAUAUUUAAGCCAAAUUUUACUAACUUCUUUACUUUUCCUCUUCACAAAUCUCUUUAUAAAAGCAAUGGUGUAGAUUUAGCAGUAGUAUCAUUGUUUUUUGAGAAAUGUAAUUUAUCUAACAGUUUUAUUUUACCAUUUUGUUUCAUCUCCUAAGUUUACUGAUGUAAUAAAAAGCAUCUUUAUGUGUAAGAUCUGCCAUAUAUUUAAUAAAAAAUGAGACUUAUCAUGUUACAUAAAAAUCCUAUGUAGUAGUUCUAAAGAACUAUUUCAGAGAUAUAUACAACUUCUUGUUUUUUUUUUUUUUUGAAUGGCAAUAAUGUCAAUGAUCUUGCCAUAACAUCCGCCAGAACUCAUCCAAUUUGAAAGCAUUUUAUGCCAUACACAUGUACUCUUGAGAACUGUUGCGAAUGGUGAAAUAUCACUAUUCAUAUCAUAACUGGUCCUGUCGGAAAUCCAAGUGCAAAACGGAAGCAGACUACUCAAUAAAAUAUCAGUGCUUUUGCUUGAGCCAGUUUCAAUUGCAUAAUAUUGGUGAGUUAAGAGGAUUUUUAAAUGCAAUCAAUUGGACAAGUACUCUCAAUUGAAUUGAGAGUUCAAGGAUAUCCCUUCUCGUCAAAUGUAAGAACAACUUGUAUUAUGCAACGGUAGUCGGUAUUGAGUGUGGGGAAUGUAUUGUCAUAUUUUCAGAAAUGGUUAAUUAUCCAAUUUGACAUAAUUGUCUAGACAUUAAUAAAAAAUAUAAUAUUCUCCUACCAAUUAACCAAGGAAAAAAAAAUUGACAUACAAUAAUCGACUCCUUUCAGUUAUCACACACUAGUUGCAAGUAGUGCAAAUCUAUCACACUAGUUCUCAAGAGAUGGAUAAAGAUAUAGUUCUUGUCAAGAUUUCUCUCACAUUAUCUGCAUAGCAUGCUGAAUUUCAAUGUCACAACCAAUACCAAGGUUAUUCAGCUCUUGCUUCACAAGAGAAACAUAACAACUUUAAUUAUAUUAGCAACACUGAGUCCAAAGAGAAGGUAACCUAAAAAGCCAAUUUUUGCCCACUUUAUUUCUUUUUUCUUUUUCCUUUGCAAAUCUAUAAAUCCAAGAUCCAAACAUAAGGUAAACACCAACAAAACAAAUAAGAAACAUUGUCCAGUGAUUGGACUCCAAGCAAAUCAGGAUUCCAGAGAGUAAUUCACAAACAAUUGGAAAGUUUUCUCACCAUUUCCCAUGGAAUUUACAAAAACAGAAUUCCUCUGAAAAAACAACCAUCACAUGCUGCGUAGAAAACAAGUUUAAGCCAUCUUUCCAAAUGUUUUUUGUGAUCUGAUUUUCAAAUGGAUUGAAAUGCCAAUAACUAGCUAAAGAAGAGCAUCAAUCAAACCAUAUGAACCAUCUUUCACUUUUCAAACAUUAUUCAUCUUGAACUACCAUCAUAUCACUAUCUAACCCAUCUUAACAGACGAUGCCAAUACAAAUAAUCAAAUCCAAGUCAAAAAAAUUAGCUAAAAGAUAAGUAUAAAAGAAUAAUCUUCAUACCAAGAUGAAGAAAAUGAAUAUACAUGGGUAAAUUUACACAUACAGUUUCUAAAGUAUACUAGUUAUUUCAUUCUGGUGCCCAAUCUUUAAUUUGUAUCCGUUUUAUUCCUAAACUAUACGCAUUAAUUCAAUGAUCCCUUCCUACAAUUAACUUUAGACAAAAAUGUUGCAUCAUGCUUAUAUAAAGCUUUGAAGAAGAAUAUCUUUAAAUUGACUUAAAAAAUGGACAGCAGAAUACAGUUUAACACAAACAUACAAAAAUUGGGGUUUUGGGGGAUUUUAAAGAUUAUCUCAACACACUAGAAACACAAUGGAUAGAGAUUAACUUGUCUUCGCAAUAUGAGAGAAUCAAUAGACUCUAUUCAUUGAACUCUUCAAUUUAAUUUGUUUGUUUAUGUUGAAUUCAUGUGUUCCCAGAACAGGUUUUUCUUUUAUUUUUUCUCAAAACCCAAAUCAUGUGUCGUAUAUACACACUACCUAAUAUAAGGUUGAUGUAAUCACGAUGCCAGUGUUUUCAAUCUAAUGCUCAAUGACAAUUAUAGGAAAGUAACACUUUGAAAUCAUGUGUAAAGUUCUAGAAAAUAAUUGAAACAAUUCAAGGGUUUAGAGAUCAAAAUGAAAUGCCCAUUUGUGUAAAAUAUGCCCAACUCAUUUCCAAUUCCAAUCUAUAUAACAAAGAAUAAAUUUUAUUUUUGACCUAUCAUCAUUCCAAGCAUUAAUCAAACAACACAAAGAAAAUGAACGAAAACCAUAAUUCAAAAUUAAUCAAAAAGCUUAAAAACCAUCAACAAAAUCUCUGAUUAAGGACUCUUAAUGAGUUCCUUACAAAUAAAAUCCCAAAAUACAAAACAUAAAGCUCGUAUCACUUGUCUUUAAGCAACAACUAAAUAAAAUCUCUAAAUCCCAUCAUCAAAACAAGCUUUAAAUAUUAAAAAAGAAGAUUC